GGGCGUGUCCGCUCGGGCGCGGCCCAGUGAGGCGGUGGCCGAAUCCUCUGGCCGCAGACGCGGAGGCGGGUGACCAGCUAAGCCCGCUAGACUCCAUCGCUGUCGGGAGCCAGCCUCUGAGAGCCCGCUGCGAUGGGACCGGGCUGAGCGUCCCGCUGGCGGGGCAACAGCGCGGUCCAGGAUGGAGGGGUCGGCGGAGCGGGGCCCGAAGGCGGACCCGGGCCCAGAGGCGGCGCUGGGCCCCGAGGCGGUGCUGCGCUUCCUGGCGGAGCGCGGGGGCCGGGCCCGGCAUGCGGAGCUGGUGCAGCACUUCAAGGACGCCUUAGGCGGCGAACCCGAGCAGCGUGCCCGCGCCCGCGCGCGCUUCAAGGAGCUAGUGAACGCAGUGGCCACUGUGCGCGUUGAUCCCGCCGACGGCGCCAAGUACGUGCACCUCAAGAAGAGGUUCUGUGCGGGGCUGCCCGCGCCAGCCGGGGACCCACCACGAAUCCAGGUGACCGCCGAGCCUGAGGCCCCAGACAGCCCGGCCGGGCCGGAGGUGCGCGAUCUGCUCCUCGACACAGCGGUCCCGGAGGCGCACCCCGGACGGGGCCUCGAGCCGGGCGAGGGGGAGCCCCCAGCCGCUGCGCACAGGCCGCCCCUGAGCGCCGGGGCUCCCGGGAAGAACUCGCGGCGCGACGUGCAGCCCCUACUCUGGACGCCGGCCGCGGGGCCCGGCGAGGACCUGGAGUCCCCGCCCCAUGGCUGCGAGGAGGCGGACAGGGGCAGCUCCCUUGCGGGGGCCAUCGCGCCGAGGCCGGCCCGCCAGAAUUUCCGCGACCUGAUGAUGGGCAGCUCCCCGCAGCUUAAGAGGAGCGUGGGUCCCGGGGGCAGCAGCCCGGGCAACUUCUCCGGGGGAGUACGCAGCAGAGGCGGGGGCGACUCAGACAGCGCAUCGGUGGCCUCUUCAGUGGAGGAGGAGAGCAGCGGCGGGGGCUCCGUGACGCUGGACCCCCUGGAGCACGCCUGGAUGCUCUCUGCCUCCGAUGGCAAGUGGGACAGCUUGGAGGGCUUGCUCACCUGUGAUCCCAGCCUGCUGUUCAAACGGGACUUCAUUACUGGCUUCACCUGCCUGCAUUGGGCGGCCAAGCACGGAAGGCAGGAGCUUCUAGCUAUGCUAGUCAACUUCGCCAACAAGCACCAGCUGCCGGUGAACAUCAACGCCAGGACGAGCGGGGGUUACACCGCCCUGCACUUGGCAGCCAUGCACGGGAACAUAGAGGUGGUGAAGCUGCUGGUGGGGGCCUACGACGCCGAUGUGGAAAUCAGGGAUUACAGUGGGAAAAAGGCCUCCCAGUACCUGAGUCAGAGCAUCGCGGAGGAGAUCAAGAACCUGGUGGGAGCUCUGGAGGAGGAAGACGGGGAAAGCGCCGCGGGCAGCGGCGGUGGGCGCUGGCGGCUUUCAAAGGUGCUUCCCUCGCACCUCAUCACCUACAAAUUCUCACACCCCUUAGAAGAUGGAGGAGACCAUCACCACCACCAUCACCACUCGGCUGAGGGGUGCGUCGGAGGCAAAGCCAAGGAUCCAGGGCGCAAAGCCUCGGGCAGCUCUAGUGGACGUAUAAAACCCAGACUCAACAAAAUCCGCUUCAGAACCCAGAUUGUCCACACCACACUCUCUUUCAGGGACCCAGAACAGCCACUGGAGGAUGUCGAGGAUGAGGAGGAAGUAGAGGAGGAGCGAUCUGUUAAAGGCCGCUCCUCCUCCUUCAAAUUGAGACCAAAGUCCAAUAUAUUUGGGUAAAAAUGGUUUCUUUUAGAAAAUGCAAAGAUUUAUUUGUCUUCAGAAAUUCAAUAGUAGGUGAUGUAAGUAAAUGAGACUAGAAAUACAAUGUAAAUUAUGCAUUCUUACUUGAGGGAUUGGAAUGGAUGGGGCGGAGUUAGCUAGCCUUCUGGGGAAAGUGAAUUUCUUUUUAAGAGAUUCAUUAUACCUUGACCUGUGCCUCUUCUCUGCCCUGGAGUCCGUUUCUGGAGACUAGAAAUGGACCUAAAUUGGGGAAACAGAAUGAAUGAAUGAGAGUUCCUUUAACCAUUCCUGGAUGCCUGCAAAGUAAGGAAUUGUGCACUUUUAUGUAUCUGAUUUUAUAAGGGGUUACUCUUUCAAGAGCAAAAAAAACGCAAAUUGUAAUGAAACUGGUAGUAUUUCUAAGUGUGAAAACAACUUACUGCCCCCCCUUUUUUUUUUUCUUCACUAAUUUGCUUUUUAAGGUACUACUGAAGGUUCGAUCGGAGUUGAAAUGCAAAAAUACUAAUUUGUGAAUAAAAUGAGAAUUCCCUUUGUAUUCUAUGUGUAUUGUAAGUCACAGUUCAAUUAUUUUUUUUUAAAGCAAUUUCAGUUUUAAUCACUGAACUAAAGAAACAGGCAACAUUCACUUCUGUGGUAUGGUUUCCACCGAACUAUCUCUAACACCACUAUUAAGGUACACCAGUGUUAAGGUACACUAAUAACGGCACAAAACUUUAUUUAAGGAAGAUAGCACUUAGCAACCUAUGGUACUUUUAAAUAAAAUGCUGCCUCUUGUUCUGAUUCUCACUAACUUGUAUUACUAUUCUAAAAGCUUGAAUUUGCUGGGGCUUCUGAGGAUCAUAUAACUGUUGUUCUAUUUGGCAUAACCCUAUUUAAUGGUACUUAGAGCUGAAUUACCUACAAACUGUUUCUGGUUUCAAUAAUUAGCACAAAUUGGCCUGAAUAUUAGUGAGCCCAUGUUUCUGUGAAGUAAUUAUUAAACAACUUAAUGAUUCUCACAUAAGAUACACUUUAUUUUAAUACAUUAGUAGUCUGUAUGACUUGAAGCAAUGUUGCAUAUGUUUAAAAUGCUGAACUUAAUUUUCCAACCUUUUCUUGACAAUUAGAUACCUGUUCUAGUUACUGAAAAUCUGGGUAGGAAAUCUAUCCGGUUAAUGGCACUUUAUAAAAGGGAAUAGAGAAGAGAUGGCACUGUUUCUAUAUUUAAAUGCUGCUGGCUAUUAAAUUCCUUUGUAUGUAAAUGAAAAAUACCAUUCAUUAAAGAUUUAUUUAAGUGUGGUUCUUAAUUAUAUUUCAUUCAUUUAUAUUAGAGUAAAUGGCUUCGUAAUUACUUCGUAAAUGUUAAAAUUUAACCCACAAGCAUAUUAAAUCUGUUUAAGAUUAGAAACCAUUUUUGAGAGGGACUAAUUUAAGCAAAGACUUCUCCUUUAGUCUUUGGGUCGUGUAAUCGCAGAAACCUACGUACCUACAGCCUACAGGAUAAGGGAGUUCACAGCCUGCAUGAUGAAUGAACACAUGUGUGAACUGCACAGAGCAGUUCAUAGAAAUUUGUAACAAGUUUGUGACAUCUCUGUCUAGAUGGUCAUUGAAUUUGUAUAAAGAUGGAUAUGGUGUCUCGCACCUGUAAUCCCAGCACUUUUGGGGGCUGAGGCAGGUAGAUCAUUUGAGGCCAGGAGUUCAAGACCAGUCUGGCCAACAUGGUAAAAACCCAUCUCUACUAAAAAUACAAAAAUCAGCCAGGCAUGGUAGCGCACUCCUGUAGUCCCAGCUACUCAGGAGGCUGAGGCUUAAAAAUCACUUAAAACCAGGAGGUGGAGGUUGCGGUGAGCCAAGAUCAUGCCACUGCACCCCACCCUGGGCAACAGUGAGACUCUUGUCUCAAAAAAAUAAUAAUAAAUGAAAAUACAAAAUAUAUAAACUAUCCGUUUGUGUGCCCUUUGUAGGAUUUUGGAUAUGAACUGAACUGUGUACAUUUGAGAAGCACUUUUAUGCAUAUACGUGGGUGAAAAACCAAUCUAAUUUUGUAUAAAUAGGCUCCUGGAAGGAGAAAAGCAGUCAUUGUUCUAAAUCUAUACAUACUGCCUGUAUCUAGUGCAGAAAAAGUUAUAACGUCCUGUUGAGGAAUCUUAAAUUUCAUAGACCUGUAAAGCUAUAGUAACUCUAAAGAAUAGAUGCAGGCCGGGUGUGGUGGCUCACACCUGCAAUCCUAGCACUUUGGGAGGCUGAGGUGGGUGGAUCACCUGAGGUCAGGAGUUGAAGACCAGCCUGGCCAUCAUGGUGAAACCCAUCUUUUAAAAAAAAAAAAAGAAAGAAUAGAUGCUUAAUUGGCUGGUCACCGUGGCUCACGCCUAUAAUCCUAGCACUUUAGGAGGCUGAGGUGGGCAGAUCACCUGCGGUCGGGGGUUCAAGAUCAGCCUGACCAACCAACAUGGAGAAACCCAGUCUCUACUAAAAAUACAAAAUUAGCCUGGUGGCGAAUGCCUGUAAUUCCAGUUACUCCAGAGCCUGAGGCAGGAGAAUUGCUUGAAAUUAGGAGGCAGAGGUUGCAGUGAGCCAAGAUCCUGCCAUUGCACUCCAACCUGGGCACCAACAGCAAAACACCAUCUCAAAACAACAACAAAAUAAUAGGUGCUUCAGAACCAUCAGAAGUUUCUGGUGAACAGUCAUUAUUAAUCUCUUAAAUGUAUAUGUUGGUUACUAAUUACAUAAAAUCUAUAAUUUGCUAGGUCUUUAGAGAGUGAGUCAAUAUGUCAUUUACCAUGGUUUUCCCCCCUAAAGGCUUUAACUUUUCGAUAAAACUAUUUUAAAUUUUCAAAAACCCAUUCCUGAGGGGAACUACUUCUAGCAUUCCUGUCAUGAUGUGCUUGUGUACAGUAAGUAGCAUUUUUGGCUACUUAACUCUAUAUUCCUCUUAUUUUUCAGUUUCCAGUCAAGAUUAUCAAAAGCAAAUGAUUGAUAUAAUUUGAUGUUCAUAGAGUUGUGCUUACCUUUAAUGGAAAAAUAUAUGUCAGAUACUUAGAUGUUUAUUGAUAUGACACUAUGGUUAAAAAACCCAAGUAUAUCCAUAUGUUUCUUAAAAGGUACACUUGAAACUAGUGAGUGUCACAUUUGUCUUUACUUUCAUGAUAUGUAAAAUGCAACUCAAUUAUAUAACAUGAAUAUCUGGUACUAGUUUUUUCAUGCCUGAAAUCUUGGAGUCUAGGUUGCCUUGUCUAUUGUGUUUUUAAAUAAGUGAUAUUUGGGAGAUUGUAAAAUCUGUAAAGUUUGUUUUGUCAAAAUAAAAUGUUUAAAGAA